AUGCCUCCCAAGACUCAAAAACAAAAAGAGGAAGAAGCCGCUCGAUUGGCCGAAGAAUAAAGACUGAGAGAAGAAGAGGAAGAAAGACAGAGAAAAGAAUUAGAGAAAUAUUAAAUAAGUAAACUAAAUACUACUAAGUAAUUCAAUAUCUUUAACAUCAGCCUGCCCUUGCCCAUUACAAAAUACUACAUUGAAUAUGUAUAUCCACACCCAGAACCCCACAAAGCAACAAUAGAAUAUUUGCAUAAAGUAAUUGAAAAUAUAUAUAAUAAGUUAGCUCAAAUUAGUAACUGCAACGAUCAACUAAGAGAUAUCGAUUUUUAAGUAGCUGCAGAUAUCCUGAUAAACGAUCUGAUAUUUGCUAAAUCAUUGAAAGGUUUAAAUGAUGAAAGUGUAUAAGUAUUGGUAAACAUCUUAUUUUUAUCAUUUACAAAUAAUAACAGUAAAUUUGGUCAGGAGAUGAGAUACAACAAUACACUUCAGCAAAAGAAUAAAAUUACAGAUGCAGAGUUAUUUAACAAUUUAUUGAAGAUACAUGCAGAAGCAGGAUAUUUUCGAUCUAUGCAUAUUUUACCAAUUAAGGAUCAUUUUUAAAUCUACAUAAAUCACUUAGAUUUGAUUAAUUAGGCCUUUAAAUCAGAUCAAAGAACUUUGGAACUACAUAUGGAUCUUCAGAUGGACUUGCCCUUGUAGCCAUUGCCCCUUGAUGAAGCCUUGAUUUAUCGCCCCUUUGAACAAAAGACUGAGGAUGAUGGAUAAAUUGAAACGGUUGAUUAAGAAGAUCAACAGGCACCACCAGAACCAACUGAUGAGGAAUUAUUGGAUCCAAUUAUAAUGGAAGCAAUACAAAGAAAAUUAGAUUUAGCUAAAUAAGAAUUAGAAGACAAAUUAGUAGCAAGAUAAAAGGAUAUGGAAGAAAAGUUAUUGAAUAUGGCUACAAAAAAGAAAUGAAAGGAUGACAUUAUUA